AUGAAUCGACGCCAUGAAGAUUUGGUGGUAAGUCAAUCGGACCUCUUGGCAACCCACAACAUUCUGAAUGCAGAGUAUAGGGGUUUCUUUAUAUAUGUACUUAGUUCUAUUAGUUUGUUUGUAUGGAUCGGCUGGACCGUAAUUCCUGAACAUGUUCUUGAAAACUACCUUUAUAUAGAUUAUUAUCCUGAUAAGUACUGGACGGUGGCCAUACCGGCCUAUUCCUUGAUGCUCAUGGUGUACAUAUACAUUGGAAUGGCCCUUUAUAAUACGGAAGUCUUGACAUUUGCAAUUGACGAUGUGAGAAAUUUCGUGGACUCCUACACAUACAUGCCGGAACAAACCGUUCCUGGGAGUCGUUCCAAGUAUGAAAAAACUCUUGAUUAUGUAUGGAAAGCACCAUCUGGAGUGUGGGACUUGCCCAUUACUUUAGUGAACGAAGUACUAUAUACAGAUGAUAAUGACGAAUAG